AUGACCGCGACGUCAUCGCAUGACAGCGUGAACGCGGUAGCCCGGGGCUCUGGACACGGUAGGCAGGAUGAUCCAGACGGACGCGUGGACCCGCUGGCCAUUGCUGAUGGGGAUGCCUGCGUGGGACAGGAGGAGCAGUGGGUUCGAGAUGGCCUUGUACUUGGACGCGGGGAAUCAAACCCCCAGACGAGCUCGGGUGGCGUGUCGGGCUGGAAGGGACCACGAUUCUGCGAGUUGAGGGAGGUCCUGCUGCAGGUUAGGCUGACCUCAACCCGAGCUCCCGUCUGGCAUCAAACCACUGAGGACAUGAAUAUGAGCGCUUUGCUUCAAGGCCACGGCCUGCUUUCGCAGGCCUCAGUGGCAACUAUUUUGGGCUACGCUGGGCUCCUUACCUUGGUUGUGACCCUAGGCCUCUGCUGGACCUACCGCAACAGAGCUUUCUGGACUUCUUCCUCUAGGAAUGUGGACUGGAUACCCGGCCCAAAAGGAGAAGCCUUCAUGGGCAACGCCAAGGAACUCAAGACCAACGGCGAAGCCAGCUGCAAGGCAUGGUACUCGCUCUAUCGACGCUAUGGCCCUGCCUACGAGAUCACCAUCCCAUUCUUCCGCCUGCAUGUCAUCAACCACCCCACCUAUCUCGAACACAUACAAAAGCACAACCACAAGAAUUACAUUCGUGGCUCGUUUGCCCGCAAUGCCUUCAGCACCCUCCACCGAGGCAGCAUCUUUAUGACCGACGGUCAGGAAUGGGCGGUCCAACGCAAGGCAGCGACCCGCGCCUUUAGUAAACAGAACUUUGAGAACCACAUCACCAAGUCCCUGCACCAUUGGCUAGAUAUCCUGAUGCGUCUGCUCUCCAAUUUGGCUAAAGAAGAGAAGGAGUUUGACUUCCAGGAGCUCAUGAGCCGCUUCUUGUUUUGCCUAUUCCUGCGGCUCGCCUUUCAUGAGGACCAGCUGGCUCUCGAUGUCAUGUCCGAUGAUCCCAAGUGUCUCGAGUCCCUACCAGACUACGUUAAGGCAUUCGACCAAGCUACCGGUCUGUUCGAUCGCCGGAGGCGUGAUCCGCUGUGGAAGAUUACUGAGAAGCUCUCCGGCGAGGACAAGAUCACAAACAAGGCGGCAGAAAUGUUCUAUGAGAAAGUUGAAUGGAUCAUCAACAAGCGACUGACCGCGAUGAAAGAGGGUUACAAGUACAACCCAGACGAUGGAGUCGACAUCCUUGAUCUCUUUAUCCAGUCCACGACUGAUGUAUACAGACUGAGCGGAAUGAUAUUCGGCUUCCUUGUUGCAGGUCGCGACACAACUGCUUACACCACCUCCUGGUUUAUCAAAGAGAUCUACCAUCAAGAUAAUCGCCACCUUGAUGCUGUAAACAAGAUGCGGACUGAGGCCGCGGAGCUUGGCUUUGCAGAUGCCUUCCUUGGAUACUCGGAUACAUCGAAACUGAAAUUCACGAAUGCUAUGUGGGAUGAGACUGCCCGUCUCGACACUGUCUCUCCAGCGGGCCAGAUGGAGGCUGCUGGUGACGAUAUCCUGCCGGCAGUGCCAGAGCUCAAUAUGCCCGAACGUCAUGUCAAGAAGCAAGUUGAACGAGCCAGAGUUCCCUACAAGUAUCCCUUAUCGCUGACCUUGCCAAACAGAGGAGACAUUGUAAGCUAUCACAACUACGUUCUGUCACGAAUGCCCGAAAUAUGGGGCGAUGAUGCGACUGUCUUCAAUCCAUACCGAUGGUUUAAGGAGGAUGGAGAGAGCAUCUCCUACAGCCCUUUCAAGUACCACUCGUGGAACGCCGGGCCUCGGAGCUGUUUGGGGAGGGCGCUCGCUACGUACGAAGGCAUUUCCAUCACCACUGCCAUUCUUCAACGCUUUGACGUCAUACUCUCGAAUGACACCAAGACGUAUGAGCCUCUUGCAGCUAUGAAUAUGGGUAUCAAGGGUGGACUACCUAUGAAACUGAAGGAAAGGGUCAGAAAGCUCUGA